GCCUCCUCCGCGUUCGGCGUCCUCUCCCUCCUCUACCUCGUCCUCUCCGUCGCGUACCACGCCGCCGCCGACUGCAGCCGCAACCCGCAAGAGACGAUCCAGCAAGUCGAGCUCGCGCGGUUCGGACCGAGCGGCCUCUCCUCGCUCGCCAUCCUGCUGUUUGCCUUCACGUGCCAGGUCAACGUGCCCUCGAUGUUUGCAGAGCUCCAGCCGCCGAACCCGGCCACGAUGCGACACAUCUCUCGCCGCGCCGUCCUGCUCUGCCUCGGCUGCUACGCCCUCAUCGGCACCGCCGGCUACGUCAACUUCCCACACAAGCGCGAGUCGAACGUCCUCUCAAACUACGAGCUCGACGAGCCGCACUCCCGCAUGAUGGCCCCCUCCUUCGGCGCGAUCGCCCUCACCGUGCUGAUGGCGCGCGCCCGCCGCAAC